AUGGAGAUCAGACAGAAAGCCAUCAGUUGUUUCCCAGAUUCCAGGAUGAGUCGCAAGUCCCAAGCCACCGCCCAAAGCUCCUUCAGGUGCCAAGUGUGCGGCAAAGUGUUCGGCCAACAGGGUCAUCUGUUCAUUCACAAGAAUGUCCACGCGGAGGUGAGGCCCUUCGGAUGCGACACCUGCGGCAGGCGCUUCAGUCAGAAGGGAAACCUCCUUCGCCACUCGCUCUUGCACACCAACCAGAAGCCCUUCGGAUGCGGCGUCUGCAGGAAGUUCUUCGUGCAAAAGGCUCACUUGGUGAAACACGUGUGGUUCACAGGCCGAGGCUGGCUGCCCUGA